CUCAAAGCGACACGAGAAAAACAAUAGUAAGCAAAUUCGAUCGCAUCGAAGUCGCUGACACGGAAAUAUAAAAUGUCCGCAUCGACUGCAGCGGCCCUUGCUCAUACGCGACGGGUUUGCUCGUUGUACAAAAAGUCCUUGCGCAACUUGGAAUCGUGGUACGAUAGACGAUAUAUUUUCCGCUAUCAGGCUACUUUGAUGCGAGCACGUUUCGAUCAGUACAAAAACGAAAAGGACCCGGCAAAGGUGGCCCAGCUCGUAGCUGAUGGGGAGAAGGAAUUAUUCGAGAAACAACACUACCAACCUAAGAAGUUCCCCAUGUCCCCGGGAGGUGUGGCAUUUGAACGUGAAGUGAUUCCCCCUGAUUGGGUCCUCGACUACUGGCACCCGCUUGAGAAAGCUCAGUUCCCGGAUUACUUCGCGCGUCGUGAAAAACGCAAGGAAGAGUACGUCGUUUGGUGGGAAAAGCAGUACGGAAAAUCUUCUGCCAACGAUUCCUCCUCCCAUCAUUAAGCAUGCACGAGUGGCCGGAUAUAGAGAACCGAUCGUUGGUGUACAAAUGAGCUAGCUUGUCAUGGUGUAGAGACCGAACGGUGAAAACACGGUUGUUGAAAGGUAC